CGGAGAUAGACGUGUUAUUUGUUUUGUUUUGAAUAACUACCAAUAAAUUGUGUGCUACUUUUUACAUUUUGUUUACAUCGACAAAAUAUUGCAAUGGAAUCAAUUAGCUCGGGUCCAUUAAUUGGAGCCCGUCAUCUUCAAACACUCUUACUUUUUCUGGCAAUAGCAGUAAACUAUGCAACAAGACUUAAUAUUGCAGUUUCUUUGGUUGCUAUGACAGAUGCAAAAACAACAAAUCCCAAUUUUUAUGAAUUCGAUUGGACGGAAAAACAAAAAUCCUACAUUCUUAGUAGUUUCUUUUGGGGCUACACUGUUUCCCAAAUUCCCGGCGGAUAUGCAGCUCGUAGAUUUGGUGUCAAAAAAACUAUUCUAAUUGCAACAUUCAUUGGCGCACUUUUGGGACUUGCAAUACCGUUUUGUGUAUUUUGGGGAGGCUGGCAGAUCUUUUCUGUCAUUCGAAUUCUUCAAGGUUUAACUCAGGGAAUACUCUUCCCUUGUGUUUACCAGCAUCUGGCAAAGUGGUCACCUGAAAAAGAACGUAACCGACUUGGAGUGCUAGCUCAUUCAGGUAUUGAAUGCGGUACGAUUGUAGCAAUGUAUCUUACUGGCAUGGUUGCCGCAUCAGAUUUAGGAUGGCCAGGAAUAUCCUACGUUUUCAGUGGAAUUGGAAUAGUCUUCAGCUUGUUUUGGCUGAUAUUUGCCGAAAACACUCCAGCUGAUUCAAAGUUUAUAACAGCUGCUGAAAGGAGUUACAUUAUUAGCUCCCAAGCAAGUGUUGAAGAUGCUCAACGAAAAAAGAAGAAUAUACCAGUGCCAUGGAAGGCAAUACUAACAUCUGUUCCGUUUAUAUCAGUUUUUAUAGCGAAGGUCUGUGAUACAUGUGGAUUUAUGACAAUGCAAGCUCAAAUUCCAUCCUAUCUUCAUGGGGCUUUGAAAAUGGAAAUCACCAAUAAUGCCUUCUAUUCAGCUUUACCCUAUAUGACGAUGUUGUUGUGCCUGUUUAUUUUUAUGAUAUCGGCUGACGUAGUAUUAAAAAAGAAAUGGGCCUCAUUAUUGGUAGUACGAAAGACUUGUAAUACAAUUGCAAUGUGGGGUCCAGCAGCUCUUCUAAUUGGCAUUGGAUUACUUAACGAAACUCAACGAACCUUAGCCAUAACCUUUAUCACUUUAAAUGUUGGAUUGAAUGCAGGUCAUGUAAUUGGUAACUUAUUAAAUUUGAUUGAUCUAUCACCAAAUCACAGUGGCAUUCUAAUGGCUUUUGCUAAUACUUUUGUGAGUAUUAUUGCUCUGGUUUCUCCACUUGUUGUUGGAAUGAUUGUUCAUGAUGUGAAUGAUCGAUCUCAAUGGCAAAUUGUAUUUUGGAUAGCAGCAGGAUUAUUCAUUUUGGGGAACUUACAAUAUUUGUUUUUUGCUCAGACUGAUACACAACCAUGGAAUGAUGAAGAUUUUAUGACCAAGGGUGAUAAAGAAAAGGGUGAAAAGGUUACAGAAAGACCUUCAGAAGCUAGUCUUUCCAUGAAAGUGUUUUAAUUUUGGAAUUUAGUUGUAUUAAAGAGGCUGUUAUAAUAAGUUAA